UUGACAUGCAUGACCCAAAUGCUAAGCAAGGUUAGGUGAAAGAUAGCAACCUUGAAAUAACAUAUCAAAAACCUUCAAGGAAGAGGAGGAACACAUUUUUUUUUCAUUUCAUUUGGUUUUGGUUAUUGUUUUGCUCUACCUCAUUCUAUUUUCCUCUUUUGUUUUUGUGUGUUUUGAAAAAAAAUGCAGCUUCAUAUAUCACCAAGUUUGAGACAUGUUACUGUGCUUCAAGGGAAAGGACUUAAAGAGUUUAUGAAAGUGAAAGUUGCAUCAAGGAGAGUUUCUUAUAGGAUGCUAUUCUAUUCACUCUUGUUCUUCACUUUUCUUCUAAGGUUUGUGUUUGUUUUAACAGCUGUGGAUGGCAUUGAUGGAGAAAACAAGUGCUCUACCAUAGGUUGUCUAGGAAAGAAGUUAGGACCAAGGAUUUUGGGUAGACUACCUGAAUCAACUGUCCCAGAAGUGAUAUACCAAACUUUAGAUGAACCCCUUGGCAAUGAUGAACUAAAGGGAAGGUCUGAUAUUCCACAAACUUUAGAAGAGUUCAUGGUUAAAAUGAAGGAAGGUGGAUAUGAUGCCAAGACAUUUGCAGUUAAACUAAGAGAAAUGGUAACCCUUAUGGAACAAAGGACUAGGUUGGCGAAAAUCCAAGAAUAUUUAUAUCGCCAUGUAGCAUCAAGCAGCAUACCAAAACAACUUCAUUGCCUUGACUUGAGGCUGGCACAUGAGCACACCAACAAUGCAGCAGCACGCCUUCAGCUACCGUCUGCAGAACUAGUUCCUGCCCUUGUUGACAAUUCCUACUUCCACUUUGUCCUAGCCUCGGAUAAUGUGCUCGCUGCCUCGGUGGUUGCAACAUCGCUUGUUCGCAACUGUUUACAGCCUAAGAAGGUUGUUCUGCACAUAAUUACAGACCGAAAGACUUAUUAUCCAAUGCAGGCUUGGUUCUCAUUGCAUCCUUUAUUGCCUGCUGUGAUUGAGGUUAAGCCAUUGCACCAUUUCGAUUGGUUUACAAAGGGAAAGGUACCAGUUUUAGAAGCAAUGGAGAAAGAUCAGAAGGUUCGGUCGCAGUUUAGAGGAGGUUCGUCGGCUAUAGUUGCAAAUACCUCUGAGAAGCCGAGAGUUAUUGCAUCAAAACUACAAGCACUUAGUCCUAAGUAUAAUUCAGUGAUGAACCACAUUAGGAUACAUCUACCAGAGUUGUUUCCAAGUCUUAACAAGGUGGUCUUCCUUGACGAUGACAUUGUGGUACAAACUGAUCUUACACCUCUUUGGGACAUUGACAUGAAUGGAAAAGUCAAUGGAGCAGUGGAAACAUGUAAUGGAGAAGACAAGUUUGUGAUGUCAAAGAGGUUGAAAAGCUACUUGAACUUUUCCCACCCUUUAAUAUCCAAAAAUUUCAAUCCCAAUGAAUGUGCUUGGGCCUAUGGCAUGAACAUUUUUGAUUUGGAGGCUUGGAGGAAGACCAAUAUAAGCAAUACAUACCAUUAUUGGGUUGAGCAGAAUAUUAAAUCAGACCUGAGUUUGUGGCAGCUAGGGACAUUACCUCCAGGAUUGAUAGCAUUUCAUGGUCAUGUCCACAUUAUAAAUCCUUUCUGGCACAUGCUGGGAUUGGGAUAUCAGGAAAAUACAAGUUCUGCUGAUGUUGAGAAUGCUGGUGUCAUCCAUUUCAAUGGCAGGGCAAAGCCAUGGCUAGACAUAGCUUUUCCACAACUAAGGCCAUUGUGGACAAAAUAUGUUGACUUCUCAGAUAAGUUCAUUAAAAGCUGUCAGAUUAGGGCAUCAUAGAUUAUAAAUAUCUUGAGAGAAAAUUUGACGUCGACGUUGACGAGUUGAAGAAAUGGAAUUUGUAAUCCAAUGGAAAAUGAAAAUGAGAGAGUUCUUCAACUAAUUAGGCCUUCCAUGACAACACAGAGACAACAAUUCAUGUGGCAUGAUGCUCCUUUCUUGCUUUAAAAUGUUACAUUUAACUCCCUAUGUUCUGUUGAAAUCCUCAUAUUCUUUUUCUCUUAAAUCCAUAUUGUAAGUAUGAGAGUUUGUAGAUCGUAUAUGUAUGUAUUAAUAGAACACAGCUUUUUUGAGUAAAAAAACCCUCAAGGUUUAACAAUUAGUUUUUAUAAGAUGAUGAAAUAAAAGAGAGACCAAAGUACCAUUUUUAUGGAA